CACCGCGGCCGCCAACCCCCGCGGCAAGCGGGCGGGGUUCCUAGGCGCGAGGCCUGGGGCGGGGGGCGGGAGCGCCCGCUCCGCUAGACGCCCCGCCCCCGAGAGCAUCCUCCUCCCGGAUCCUGGGCUUUGGCGUCCCCGAGGAUCACCCGCCCCCGCCCUCUCGGGGCCUCCCGCCAGUUGAACCAACUGUUUGCUCCUCAUUCCGCGGCUGCUGAGGGCGUAGGGUCUCUGUGCGCCCCCCCUGCGCUGUCGGGGGCUCUCCGUAGGCCCCAGGGGGAGGCUUACAGCCAGCAAGGACUGGGGCAGGGGAGCAGGAGCCAGCAGCCCACUUCCCCAGCCUCCCCGCCUCCGGGUGAGGCCUGUCUGGGAGCUUUGCCGGAAGCCCCGCCAGCCCUUCCCUCAUGGAGGAGUUCCAGCGCGCCUACAGCCGGCUGUGCAAGGAGAGCGGGGCCGAGCCCCAGGAGGCCGUCCUGCAGCGGCUGCUCGGGCUGCUGCGGGGCCGGCUGGACCUGGCCACACAGAGCCUGACGCUGGACACCUGCAGGGCUCUGGGCAAGCUGCUGCAGAAGGAGGCGCUGCUGACGGAACUGGUCCUGAGUGACUGCAUGCUGAGCGACGAGGGAGCCACGCUGUUGCUGCAGGGACUGUGUGUCAACACCGUGGUGCGGUUUCUGGAUCUAAAGGGCAAUAACCUUCGCGCUGCAGGAGCUGAGGCUCUGGGAAAACUCCUCCGACAGAACAAGUCCAUCCAGAGCCUCACCCUGGAGUGGAACAGCCUGGGCCCGUGGGAAGACGCCUUCGCCACUUUCUGCGGGGCCCUGGCAGCCAACAGUACCCUGCGGCAGCUGGACCUCCGCAACAACCAGAUCAGCCACAAGGGCGCCGAGGAGCUGGCCCUGGCCCUGAGGAGCAACGCUAGCCUCCAGCAGCUGGACCUGCGCUGGAAUCACAUCGGCCUCCUGGGGGGCCGGGCCCUGGCGAACUGUCUCCCCAGCAACAGAACCCUGUGGAGGCUGGAGCUGGCUGGGAACAGCAUCCCCAGCGACGUCCUCAGAGCCGUGGAGCAAGCCAUGGACCGCAACCAGGACCGGCAGGCCACCGUCCGGGAGAGCCAGGCCCGCGCCCACAUCCUCAGCAAGGAGGUGCAACACCUUCGGGAAGAGAAGUCCAAGCAGUUUCUGGACCUGAUGGAGACAAUCGACAGGCAGAGAGAAGAGAUGGCCAAGAGCAGCACGGCGUCGGCGGCCCGCGUGGGGCGGCUCCAGGAAGCCCUGAGUGAGAGGCACUCUGUCAUCAGUGCCCUCAAGGCCAAGCUGCAGAUGGCCGAGGCCGCCCUGGCUCUGUCAGAGCAGAAGGCCCGGGACCUGGGGGAGCGCCUGGCCGCCGCAGAGCAGGAGCAGCGGAGCCUGGCCCAGAGGCAGGCGAAGGAGCACAGGCUGGAGCUGCAGGAAGCUGCAGACCGGGAGUCUAAGCUCCUCCGAGACUUGUCUGCCGCCCAGGAGAAGAACCUGCGGCUGCGCAACCAGGUGGACGAGCUGGAGCGGAAGGUGAAGUCUCAGCAGGAGCAGCUGUUCCUGAGCAGGCAGGAGCUGACCACCACGUCCGCUGAGCUCAAGAUGCGGGCUGCGCAGGCUGAAGAACGCCUGGAACUGGAGAAGACGCGGUCCCGGCAGAGCCUGGAGGACGCAGAACACCUGCGCUUCAAGGAGGUGGAGCACAUGACGCGCCACCUGGAGGAGAGUGAGAAAGCCAUGCAGGACAGGGUGCAGAGGCUGGAGGCCGUGCGGCUGUCCCUGGAGGAGGAGCUGAGCCGGGUGAAGGCGGCGGCACUGAGCGAGCGUGGCCGAGCUGAAGAGGAGCUUCUCAAGGCCAAGAGUCAAGUGCGUCUGGAGGAGCAGCAGCGCCUGGCUCACCUGGAGGAGAAGCUGCGGCUGCUGGCGCAGGCGCGGGACGAGGCUCAGAGCACCUGCCUGCAGCAGAAGCAGAUGGUGGCCGAUGCCCAGGCCCGGGCCAGCCAGCUAGGCCUACAGGUGGAGGGCCUGAGGCGGCGCCUGGAGGAGCUGCAGCAGGAGCUGAGCAAUAAGGACCAAGAAAAGGCGGCUGAGGUGACCAGGGUGCGGCUGGAGCUGCAGGAGCAGAAUGGCCGCUUGCAGGCGGAGCUGACGGCCCAGGAAGCGCUCAAGGAGAAGGCGGCAGCCUUGGAGCGCCAGCUGAAAGUGAUCGCGAGUGACCACCGGGAGGCGCUACUGGACAGGGAAAGCGAGAACGCCUCUCUCCGCGAGAAGCUUCGGCUGAAAGAGGCAGAGAUCGCCCGAAUCCGGGAAGAGGAAGCACAGAGGGCCAGUUUCCUGCAAAAUGCUGUCCUGGCUUAUGUGCAGGGGUCCCCCCUGAGGACCCUGAGCCCCCCAAAGUGAGGGGAGACAGGAAGGUGGCAUCUGUCGGACAGCUGUGUCGCACACCUGCCUGUCCAUCCUCUGCUCAGGAGGAACAGGUCCUGGCUCUGGGGGCAGUGUCUGCAAGCUGGUGACCCGGAAAAUCAGUGCUGGGGUGGACCUGAGACCAGGGCGGCUGCAGCUCACGACCAGGGGCUUCGCCUGGGGGUCCAGCGCCAGGCCGGCCAAGAGGGCUGGGCUGGGCCCGGCGCCUUCCCACUCCUUGGUGCCGCCGCAGGAACGAGAACACGGACCGUGGUGGCAGGAAAUGUGGGGGAGCAGCGCCCCACCCACUGGUCAGUCACCCGGCGCUGUGUAAGCGCGGGGUGUUCCGAAAUACAGAUUUUUGCACUUUGUGGUA